GUCUAGCUCUUCUGUAUUCUUGGGUUCCUUUCUUACCAAACAAUGGCUUUCAGACCUCUGCUCCUUCUAUUGGCCACUUUUCUUGUAGUUUCUGCAAGGGUUUCAUCUAGCAAUGAGGAGGAACUUCUGUUUGGAAAGGCACCAGCUCCACCACUAGUGAAGACACCUACUGCUACUCCACCACCACCGGUGAGCCCACCCAAGGCAACUCCACCACCGCUGGUGAAGCCGCCCAAGACUACUCCAACACCAGUGAGCCCACCAAAGUCCACACCGCCUCCACCAGUGAGCCCACCGCAGUCCACACCGCCACCACCAGUGAGCCCACCUAAGGCCACACCACCUCCACCAGUGAACCCACCUAAGGCCACACCACCUCCACCAGUGAACCCACCUAAGUCCACUCCACCUCCACCAGUGAGCCCACCCAAGACCACACCACCACCACCAGUGAGCCCACCCAAGACCACUCCACCACCACCAGUGAGCCCACCUAAAACUACUCCACCAAAAGUGAGCCCACCACUGCCUCCGGUGAGGACAAAGAAAGAUUGCCUUCCAUUAUGUGGAGAGAGGUGCAAAUUACAUUCCAGGAAGAAUCUGUGUGUUAGAGCUUGUGUUACAUGCUGUGACAGGUGCAAAUGUGUUCCACCAGGAACUUAUGGCAACAGAGAGCUUUGUGGCAAGUGCUACACUGAUAUGACCACUAGAAACAACAAACCCAAAUGCCCUUGAAGAUUUUUAAUUAAAGUUAAAAAUCUGAGUCCUGGCUUCAUGUUAGCUAGAGUGUGCAAUAAUUUUAUGUCUCUACAAGAAAAAAAAAAAAAAAAUUACCAGUUCAUGUUUUCUAUUGUGUCUACUGAAAUUUCCUGUGUAAUGUACUACCCCAGAUAAAUAAUAUAUAUUAAUGUAGCUAAGUUGCAUUAAAAUAUUGUUGUAAUGUCUCGUGAGAGAAAUGUAGCUUUCAGUCAGUAAACUUGAUUAUUGUA